CUUAUAUCACGUAAAAGUUGUUUACAUUAUUUUAUUUUUAAGCCGAUGUUGAACUUUGGACUCAACAAUAGCAAGUACAUAAGUCCAACUUGCAUCUCGUAUACUGCAUUAUAUUUGUAUUUAAUAUUUUUUAUUACAAAAAAUUAAUUAGGGAUGUUUUCAACUUCGAGAUUUGUAGCUUUAUUACAUAAAUCAUUAAAAGGUGCUCCGAAUAUGAAAGCAUUAUCAAGCAUGGCAUCAAUGAAAUUCGAAACUCUUGCAAUUACAAAUCCCAAAGAGUUUGUCUAUCAAGUCCAAUUAAACAGACCAGAAAAGUACAAUGCUCUCAGUAAUAAAGCGUGGGAAGAAAUAGGAAAAUGUUUCAAAGAAUUGGAUGAUUCUCCAGAUUGCCGAGUUGUAAUUUUAUCAGGAGCUGGAAAAGGUUUUUGUUCCGGAUUAGAUUUAAAGGAUGCUAUGAAAAUGGCACCAGCUUUAGCAGAACAUGAAGAUGUGGCCCGAAAAUGCCGACUAAUUGAGAAAAAAAUUAAAAUAUUCCAAGAUGCACUUUUAUCUCUUGAAAAAUGUAGGAAACCAGUAAUUGCAGCAAUUCAUGGUCUUUGUGUGGGAGGGGGGUUUAAUUUAAUAUGUGGUGCUGAUAUUCGAUAUUGUUCUUCAAAUGCUUGGUUUUCAUUAAAAGAAGUUGAUAUUGGAAUGGCUGCUGAUGUUGGAGCUUUACAAUGGCUUCCGAAAAUUAUUGGGUCUGAAAGUUUAGUAAGAGAAUUGGCUUUUACUGCUCGAAAAUUACCUGCAGAAGAGGCUUUACAGUGUGGACUUGUCAACCGAUUAUUCAAAGAUGAUGAAGCAUUAUUUAAAGGAGUUUUAGAUCUUGCCGAAGAAAUUUCUAAAAAAAGUCCUGUAGCAGUACAAGCGACAAAAAUGACUUUGAUUCACGGAAGAGAUCAUUCAAUUCAAGAUGGUCUAGAUUAUGUUAGAACAAUAAAUCAAACGAUGCUUCAAAGUGAAGAUUUUAUAAAUGCAACUGUUGCUCAAGCAACAAAAAGUGAUCCUCCAGUUUUCUCCAAGUUAUAAACAGCCUAAGUAAUGUAGAAGUUUCUACAUGUUAUUUCAAUAAUGAAUAAAAUUAUAAUUUUGAUA